UCCUACCAAAGUCUUGGAAAAGGUACUCAUUAAUUCACACACCCCUCACCAUUUCUCUCAAUUUCCGUGUGUUGACUUUCUUGUUCACUGUAUAAAAUUUUGCACAAAUUUCAUUAUCAACAUUCACAAAUUUGAUUUCUCAAUCCAAUUCACCUCAAUUCUCUAGCAAAAAUACUCAACUUUUUUUUUUCCUUCAUUUUUUUGGUUCCUAUUCUUUCAUUACUACAAUCUAUAGAAAAUCACAUUCAUAUCUUACAUUACAUUAAUCCUUAUAUGGAUGAAAUUCAUGUUCCUUCUCAUUUUCUUUGCCCAAUUUCCCUCCAACUUAUGAAAGAUCCUGUUACUCUUUCCACAGGAAUUAGCUACGACAGAGAAAACAUAGAAAAAUGGUUAUUUUCAUUCCAAAACAAAACUUGUCCUGUUACAAAAUCAUCUUUAUUAGAAACCGAUCUUAAUAAUCUUACACCAAACCACACUCUUCGUCGUUUAAUUCAAUCUUGGUGUACCCUUAAUGCUUCAUUUGGUGUUGAACGUAUUCCAACACCAAAAUCACCAAUAGACAGAACACAAAUUCUUAAACUCAUCAAUGAAACAAAGAUAUUCCCAGAAAAACAACAUAGUUGUCUUGUUAAGCUUCGUUCGAUCGUCUUCGAAAGCGAAAGGAAUAAAAAAUGUUUGGAAUCAGCAGGUGCAAUAGAGUUUUUAGCUUUAACAAUGAAGAACAAUUCAAAUUCAAGUUCUUUGAGUGAAGCUGCUAUUGAAAUUCUGUUUCAUCUUAACCCUUCUGAAGUUCAUAUCAAGAGUUUGAUAAACAAUGAAAGCAUUCAAUUUAUUGAAUCAUUGUUUCAUGUUUUGAAGCAUGGAAGCUAUCAAUCUAGAGGCUAUGCAACAAUGCUAUUGAAAUCGGCGUUUGAAGUAUCGGAUCCGAUUCACUUAAUCAGCGUAAAAAAAGUGCUUUUCGAAGAAUUAAUGAGAGUACUAAUUGAUAAGAUUUCACAACAAGCUUCAAAAGCAGCAUUGAAGUUAAUUGUGGAGCUUUUACCGUGGGGGCGAAACCGAAUUAAAGCGGUUGAAGGUGGCGCGGUUUUAGUCCUCAUUGAGCUUCUUUUCGAUGUUUCGGAAAGAAGGGCGUGCGAAUUGAUUUUGACAGGUUUGGAUCAACUAUGUGGUUGCGCCGAAGGGCGUGCGGAGUUGUUGAAUCAUGGUGCAGGUAUUGCUAUUGUGUCAAAGAAAAUUUUGAGGGUUUCUCAUGUUGCAAGUGAUAGAGGAGUUAGAAUUUUGAGUUCAAUUUGUAGAUAUUCAGCAAAUUCUAGAGUUUUACAUGAAAUGUUGCUAGUUGGAGCUGUUUCAAAGUUGUGUUUGGUUCUUCAAGUUGAUAGCAAUUUUAAGACUAAAGAAAAAGCUAAGGAGAUUCUCAAAUUGCAUUCUUCUGUUUGGAAAAUUUCUACAUGUAUUCCUGUUCCUUUGUUAUCUUCUUAUCCAUGAUCAUGAUUGGAAACAGAUUUCCUGCUAUAAUUGCGUCAACGCAGUUACAGCAUCAACUGUCUCAUUUUAAUCAAUAGUCAAGAUUAUUUCAAUGUUUAUGAAAUAUAAAUUGUCCGAUAUAAAAUCAAUGACCGAGAUUUAUUAAAACGUGUUACUGCGUGCUAUUUCCACCGCAGCAAAUGCAUAUCCACAUCCACCAUGAUCUAAUUGGGUCAUGAUUCAUAAGUUCUUUUAUUUUUUUGUAUACAUGGACAUGGUGAAAUUUAAGUGUCUUGCUUCAGAAUUUUUUGGGAUUAUGAAUUUAUUAGUCAUAGUUUGAAAAAUUAGUUACCUCAAUUUGUGUAGUUUAUCUUAUUGAUCUAAAUCACUGCAUUGACUUCAAUUUAAGAUUGGUGUGGCAUGUGGUGGUGACAAAUUACAUAUGCUUCAUAUUACUAUUCUAUUUGAACUUUAAGUGGAUGCUUAUGCUUUGGUACUCAUGCAUGUGCUAGAUCUCAAACUUUAUCUCAUUUAAUUUUGUUAUCAUAUUUCUUUCUUAUUUUUCCUUUUUCCAUUUCACCAAAUUAAAAAAAUCCUUAUUAAGAGAUUUUAUUAUUCUUUUAUAACAUUU